AUGAAGGUCCAUUAUAUUAAUAUUUUAUUGUUGGCGCUUUCAUUAAAUAUAUUGGCGAAUACCCACCAAAAACCAUCCAGCACACCACGUCAUAUACAAACUACCAGAUUAUUAUGCGAGUGCGAAUUAUAUAUGCACAAUUAUGACAAUGAUCCUGAAAUGAAAAGGGUGAUGCAACAAUUUCAUGAUCGUACAACACAAAGGUUUCAAGAAUACGAUGAAAGGUUACAAGAAAAACGACAAGUAUGUAAAGAUACAUGUGAUAAGGAAAUCGAAAAAAUUAUUCUAAAAGAUAAAAUUGAAAAAGAAUUAAACGAAAAGUUCGCGACAUUACAAACUGAUAUACAUAGUGAUGCCAUUCCAACAUGUAUUUGCAAAACGUCGAUGGCGGACAAAGUGGAAAAAACAUGUUUGAAAUGUACACAAAAUUUGGGAGGAAUUGUUGCACCUUCUUCAGGAGUAUUAGCAGGAAUUGCUGAAGGUGCGCUAUAUGCGUGGAAACCUAAUGCACUUCAGACCGCAAUUGAAGCAGCUCUAAAAGCAGCUGCUGAUGAUAUUUUGGUUGGAGGUAUUGAGGCAGGUAAGAAAGUAGUUAUUGGAGGAUUAGAUGCAUUGGAAAUAGAGAAAUUAGGUAUAGGAUCAUGGGAACCCUAUUUUACUGAAGGUUAUUGUAUUAAUGUCAAAAGUCUUGCUAGUAUUAUUUAUGAAAAACGUCAGACGUUGUGUGGGGCGACAAAGAGCACUCUUGAUAAGGCUACCUGCGAACAAAUUGGUAUUAGUAUAGGUACAAUGCAACAUGAUGGUACAUAUGGCGCUCCUGGCACAACUCCUAUAGAAACGGUGUUAAAUGGAAUUGUUGAAGGAACCAAAGAGGCUGCUGAUGUAGCUGCUGAGGCUGCUAGAGAAAGCGCUACUAAUGCAAUAAAAGUCCAAGAGACUCGUUUGUUAGAAGCUGGAUUUAACAGUUCCAUUAGUUCUAUAAAUGCUUCUAUUAUUGCAAUAGUCGUCAUAAUUUUAAUUAUGGUGAUAAUAUAUUUCAUUUUACGUUAUCGCAGAAAAAAGAAAUUGAAGAAAAAACUCCAAUAUAUAAAAUUAUUAGAAGAAUAG